AUGGUGGCGUCACCACCUGCGGCCGCGGGUGAUCCCGACGGCUCCGGGCAACACCUGGCACCUCGGCCCGCUUCCCCAGCUCCCUCCUCUACGGCGCGUUAUGAAGACACAGGCGAUCAUAAUGGAUCGCGCGUGCAGAAUUUACUUGAUGGUUGCAAUGACGGUGAAGCCGGUAUUGCACCCACCAUUUCUCGACCUAAAUCGUUUUCUGAGGCUGUGGCUUCCACGGCUGGUUUCAAUGGUAAAGCCAGGUUUGAUGUUAUCUCCCCUAGCUCGAAUGAAGCGCCAUCAGAAGCUAGUAAGAGCCCCUCGGCUCCCUCUGUAUCUCUUUCUAUUAUUCCUAACUCUGAUAUGCUGGAUGAAAUAUUAAAGGAAAAGAAUAGGCUGUGUAAUCUCGCAAUUUUCUUUUCGGCCACUGAAAUUGAUAAGUGCCCGCCAAGGAAAUUUAUGGAUGAUUGGUUUCACAAUUUCUGGAAUAAUAAGCUAGGUUACCAUAUUUUGUUCUGUAGACAGAUUCAAAAGGGUCUGUAUGUUGUAUUUUUUGUUAAUUCGGAGGCUCAAAAGGAAGUCUUGAAAAGACAAUUCUGGUCUGUGGGUGCAUCAACCUUUAGGGCUCUUGCAUGGUCGCUGGAUGUGCUCCAUGACGAGGUGCUGGCUUUAGCUGCCCCCAGAUGGGUAUUAGUUAAAAACGUUCCGCCCUUUCUUUGGCAUUUUUUGCCUCAGUUGAUGGAGCCGCUUGGAAAAACGAUCCGUAUGGACGAAUCUGCGCGGCUUGUCCCCAAUAUGGACGCUAGACUGCUCAUCUCUCUGUUACCUGGCAAAGAAAUCCCUGAGUCUAUUGUGGUUGAUAUUGCGAAUGAGUCUUUUACCUGUCCUCUUGAGGUCUUGGGUGGUCUGAAUGCAUGCUUCCUUUGCCGCAAGGAAGGCCAUCUUAGGCGUGAUUGUCCUAUUAUUAAGAGGAAUCUUCCUAGAAACCCUAAAGUCAUCCAUACUACCCCACCUGUUAAUGAUGGAAGCCCUUCUGGCGUCCAGUGUACCCCUCCUUCCAAAGAAAAUACUGAUGCAGGUACUAAGGUUAAUAAUGCAUCCACCCCGACCAGUGCCGUUGACAAUAGUAACCCUGUGUGUUCAACCUUGUCACCGGUUUCCGACAAUACGCCCCGUGAUGUCUCUGGCCCCACCGUGGAAACCCAACCAUCCCUUGUGGACUUUUCUGGCAUUGAUCUUAAUUCCGAUGAUGGUUUUAUUUUGGUUCACGAUAAAAAAAAGCGGAAAGCAAAUCAUGGUUCAGGGAUAAGGAAAGAGGUGAGUACUACUAAGAACAUGCAUAAUACUAAUACCCACCUGGGGGCUGUCUCUACCACUAACCGUCAUGUGAGUGCGGGUAAUCUUGGAAGUAACAAUAUCAAUUCGGGGAAAGAGACUGUCAUCUCGCUUUCUGCUACCCGAUGUUCUGGAAAGAAAAAGGAGACUCCUCAAAUUUUUUUUAAAGAGAUUGAGGAUGGAUACAUGCUGGAAGUCAUUCCAACGGGUCCACCCAUUGAAAGCCAAGCUGUUACUCCCUACAUGGAUGUUGACUCUGGUUCUGUUAAAGGCGAAAUCCCCUGGUUCUUUGGGGGUGACUUCAAUAUGAUAGAAUCGCAGGAGGAUAAAAUUGGUGGUAAUUCGUUUAAUUGGAAUAAUAAUGACAUCGUUAAAACUAUUGCCACUACUCUUUCUGAUCACCACCCUAUUCUUGCUCGUGUUAACUUCAUUUCUACUCCUACCAAUCCUUCCCCCAGGAAGCACAAAUUCAUUCUUAAUACCAGUCUUCUUAUGGACGAUGACGUCCUGGUUGCAUUGCAGAUUAUCAAUGGUAUUAAUAAACUUAAUUUUCGGAAUUGUUCUAAGUUAGAUAUGUGGCUAUACAAUAUUUCUACCUGGACGAGCUUCCUUCAAACGAUUGGCCAAAAGAAGGCCAAGGACUUCAGGUUUGCUGAAAAACAGUUGAACAUUAACUUGCAAAUCGCUGAGUAUAAUGUGCAGGCCAAUCCUUCUGAUCCCAAUCGGCUAUCCCAGGUUCUUGCAGCCAAAGAUGUGCUUAGAAAUCACCAACAGAUUAAGAUUAGGGGAGCUAAGAUUAGGUCUAGGGCGCACUGGUUACAGGUGGGUGACAAAGGUUCUAAGUUUUUUUUUAAUCUCCUUAAGCACAAGCAUUGUAAAGAAUACAUUGAUAUGCUAUCCAUAGAUGACCAGGAGAUCUCCGACCCUUAUGCUAUAUCAUGUGUGUUUGCUGACUACUAUAAAACUCUGUUUUCUUCUGAUGAUUCGAUGGAGGCCGAUAAUUAUAGAUCCAAGUGCAGGUCGCUUAUCCCCACUAAGCUUGAUCCUAAUGAUGUCACCAGGCUGGCUGAGCCUAUUUCCUUAAGUGAGAUUGAGGCUGCGGUUCUUGCCCUGAAUAAUGAUAAGGCCCCGGGUCCGGAUGGUUUCCCUGUGGAAUUCUAUAAGGCUAACUUAAACUGGAUUAGUAAAGACCUUCUGGAUUUAUAUAAUGAAGCUAUUUCUAAAGGCUCCCUAGGACCAGAUAUUAAUAAAGGCACUAUCAAGCUGCUCCCUAAAGAGGGCAAUAAGGCUCUCAUCAAAAACUGGAGGCCCAUUACAUUGCUCAAUGUGUCAUAUAAGGUUCUUGCCAAAGUCCUUGCUCUUAGAUUAGUCGAUAUUCUACCUAAAUUUAUUAAUCCCUCAUAG